GGUGAAUGAAGCGAUGCUUGAAGACGGUCUGCCUAGGUGCUCGACGCCCAUUCGGAGAUCGAUGUACCAACCAAGACCUAACUGUAGUAGCGCUACUGAUAACGAGGGUUAUUCGAGGUUCCGCUGCAGGCUUGGCAGGGGCUCUGACAUAGAAGCAGCUGUCGAGUCUCUGAGCAGGGACUUGACGGCCGCAUAUGAGGAAAACUGCCCGUUACGCAAAGUACAAGGCCCCCAUGGCAGGAACAGGAGUUCCGCCAAUCAACAUCGAGGGCACCGCUGA